UAUUGUUAACUAUUAUUUUCUGUUUGUCAUUCAGAGCGAUGAGUAAUUCCAUUGAAAAUAACGAUAUGGUCGACCAGGUUCGAAUUGACAUUGAGGAACACUCGGAGUCUGAGCCUGUUGCUAGUGAGUGUUGUAUUUACCGGGUUCCUUUCAGGAUUCGUAGAAUGAAAGCAUAUGAUUACACUCCUCGAUUAAUUUCAAUUGGUCCACUUCACCAUGGUAAAAAAGAAUUAGCUGAUAUGGAACAUAAGAAAAAAAGAUAUAUGAAAUGCUUUCGUGACGAAACAAAUGACCAGAAACUUGAUGAAAUUUCAACCUUCAUCAAGAACAACGAACAAACAAUUCGUCAUUCUUAUGCAGAAAUAUCUAAGCUUAACAGUCUUCGUUACAGAUUGAUGAUUCUAUAUGAUGCCAUCGUCAUCAUAGGGUUUUUCAUAAGGAUAGCAAAGGGUGAUAGAAGUGAUUUACUGCUAGCUAUAGACACACAAGCAGAUACUUUACGCUCGGACCUGCAACUAGCAGAAAAUCAACUUCCGUACUUUGUCCUCGAGAAAAUAUACGAGAUAUACUUAUCUGUGGCUGGCUCUGGUUUACCUACCUUCAUGGAACUUUGUCGGUCUUUUUUUGGACAAGAUGCUGAUUUCAAAUUAAAUCAGUUAGCCCCCAGGGAGACGGUUAAACAUUUUACAGAUUGGAGAAGAAGUACUAUACUGAGAGGACACCCAGAAGAACAGCAACACGAAUAUAUGGUUGAUUUUCCUUGUGCAAUGAAGUUGCAUGAGUCAGGGUGAAGUUUAAGAGUGUUGAAAGAGAAUGCAGACUCCAGGUAAAAUUUGAAAAGCGAAAGCGUAGAAUCCCGUGCUUUA